CAUGGCAAGCACACAAGAUGCCGCGCUCCAUCCACGCGGAGGAACCGACUGUGCGUCUUUAUGCGCCGCGGCUCCAGGAAUGAGCUCAACCAGAAACAAGCCGAGGACUCCCGAUUCCAUCCCACUGAUCGUGUCAGUGAUGCUGUCCCUGGUCCUGGUCCAGGUCCUGGUCCAGGAGGCAUCAGCUCAUCCUCAGUGUUUGGACUUCGAGCCGCCUUUCAAACCUCAGUGGCACCUGGAGUUCUGCAGGCAGUACGAGGAGUUCGGAUGCUGUGACCAGAAAAGGGACAACAUGAUCGCGGAGAGAUACUGGGACAUCGUGGAUCAGCUGGAGGUGGCGGGUCACGAGCUCUGUGCUGACAUGUUGAAGGAAAUCAUGUGCCAGGAGUGUUCUCCUUAUGCCGCACAUCUUUACGAUGCCGAGGACCCGUACACACCUGUCAGAGAACUUCCUGGCCUCUGCUUCCACUACUGCUCCGACUUUCACAGCAAAUGUCGCCAUGUGCUGAAAUACCUAAGCGGGAACCAGGUUCUGCAGGACGCUGCCGAACGGGACGUGUCCACGUUCUGCAGCAUACUGGACCUCUCCGACAAGGACUACUGUUACCCCAACGUUCUGAAGACACCUGACCUCAACAGCAACCUGGGUCAGGUGGUGCAGGACCCCAGAGGGUGUCUGCAGCUGUGCCUGACAGAGGUGGCCAACAGUCUCAGGAACCCUGUGCUGAUGUUGCACAGUGGUGAUGACACACACCGCAUGUUCAUCGCCGAACAGGUGGGCUUUGUGUGGGUGUACCUGCGCGACGGCAGUCGGCUGGAGCAGCCGUUCCUGGACAUGAGCGGGGAGGUGAUGACCACGCCCUGGCUGGGGGACGAGAGAGGUUUCCUGGGGAUGGCAUUCCACCCCAAGUACAGGGACAACGGACGCUUCUUCAUCUACUACUCCAUCCAGGUUGAUGGCAAACUGGAGAAAAUCAGAAUCAGUGAGAUGAAUGUGUCUGCCCAUGAUAUGAACCUGGCUGAUCAUCAAUCUGAGAGAGUCAUUUUAGAGAUUGAGGAGCCGGCUGCAAACCACAAUGGAGGACAGUUGCUGUUCGGCUUGGAUGGAUAUUUGUACAUUUUCACUGGAGAUGGUGGAAAAGCCGGUGAUCCAUUUGGGAAGUACGGAAAUGCACAGAACAAGAGUGCUUUGUUGGGAAAAGUACUCCGGGUUGAUGUGGAUGUAAGGGACCCCAGAGGGAAACAAUACACAAUCCCCCACGAUAACCCUUUCAUCGGUGACCCAGACGCCCGGCCAGAGGUGUACGCAUACGGGGUGAGAAACAUGUGGCGAUGCUCUGUGGACCGUGGAGACCCAGUGAGCCAGCGUGGCCGGGCCAGGAUAUUCUGUGGAGAUGUCGGUCAAAACCGCUAUGAGGAGAUUGACAUUAUUGUGAAAGGAGGAAACUAUGGAUGGAGAGCUAAAGAAGGUUUCGAGUGCUACGAUCUGAACCUGUGCCACAACUCCACACUGAACGACGUCCUACCUAUCUUUGCCUACAGUCAUCAUGUUGGGAAAUCUGUGACAGGGGGAUUUGUGUACCGAGGAUGUGAAUCACCCAAUCUCAACGGCCUGUACAUAUUUGGAGACUUUAUGAGUGGACGAAUAUUUGCACUUGAAGAAGACAAGACAACGGGACACUGGAAAGAAAGACGCGUGUGCAUGGGAGACACGAAAACAUGCUCUUUUCCUGGACUCAUCAAUCAUCACCACAAGUUCAUAAUCUCAUUUGCUGAGGAUGAAGCAGGGGAACUGUAUUUUCUGGCCACCGCUUACCCAAGCUCCUCCUCUCCCUUUGGAGCGGUUUUCAGAUUCAUGGAUCCCUCCAGGAGAGCUCCUCCGGGGAAAUGUAAGCAGAAGCCAGUGCCUGUCAAAGUGAAAGGGAAAAAAAUUCCAUUUGUGCCCCAGGAACUGACCGUGCUGGACACAAGUGAAAAACCUACGAGACCACCACCAAUAAAAUUCAAACUCCCCACCAAACCACCAGCAACAAGCAGCCGGGUCAAACCUACAACGACGACAACAGCAACGAUGAUGAAGAAGGAAACACAACCAAGGAAGGAAAAUCAAAAAAAAAAUCAGAACAAGGAGAAAGUCAACAUUCAGAUGAGGGAGAAGAAUUUGAGGCAGAAAUCCAAGAAACUGAUAAAGAAGUCAAAGCCGGUCAGUGGCAAAGCUAAAACAAAACCAAAGACCAAGAAAACUGCGUCAGCAGCAGCAGCAUCAGCAGCAGCAUCAGCAGCAGCAGCAGCAGCAGAUCAUGCUUUCAUGAACAAAACAAAGACAAACCUAAAUGUAAAAAGCAACAGGAGGAAGCGAGUCAAUGCCUUCAUGCCAAGAGUAAGAUGAUUAAUAAGAGUGUCGCGUCUAACAAACAUAAAUGAAGAGCCAGCAGUGAAAAACCUCCAUAACUCCACACUUAACAUGCUUUAGCUUGUUUGCUAAACCUCUGUGAAAGCUGCAACAUACAAAUCGGCCAUAAAUUCACAGCUUUAUGUCUCCUCGUGAGGAUGAUGCAUGUUUUAUGGGCUUUGAUAAUAAGCUGCUGUGUGGAUUCAAGUCCAGAUGAGGCGUUUCCUGCUCCUGCUCGUUUUCAUGCCAAGCCUGAGCUAAUUGUUUCUCGGCAUUUCCACAAAAAAUGUUGUGCUUUUCCUUUUAUUCCUUUAAGGACGCAGCUGUCACACUCAUGCACUCAUGCAAUCAUGCACGUAAUGACACAGCUUCAUUUACAUCUUAUUUUUGACAGUCAUAAAAUGAUCGGCCUAAGUUAAUCACUGACCCCGUGUUUUUAGAACAUAACAAACAGGCUGGAAAUAGAAAUGAGGAGCACACACACACACACACACACACACACACACACACAGUAUAUCCAACCCCAGUGUUGUUAACAUGGUCUAAAAGUGUUAAAAAUAAAGUAUGUUAGAAAGUGUGUGUGUGUGUGAGGUUAUCUGUAAUUAAAGUGUAAACCUUGGAUAACGACUGCUGCAAAUGUAAAGCUGUCACUAAAGUGCUAAAGUGCACAACAUAAAUCUCACAAUACUGCAUUUUCUCUGCUGCUGAUCUCGCCGCCUGCAUCAUGUUUUCUAUAAAUAAUAAAAUAAAUAUUAGAUAAAAAGCCAAUGUUUACAACUUUGUUUUUUUUGGGGGGGUCUGAUGAGGUACAUGGUUAAAGUAAAUAAAGUUGACUUAUGUAGCACUUUUCACAUGGUUGUUGUAGUG